AGCUGAUAAAGUUGGAGUGUACGAACACUGCAAAUUCGAUAAUAUCUUCACAGCGAAUUGCCCGAUUAGAACGCAGUUGGAAUCGGCGAGUGAAGGCAGUAAUUUAUUCCCGCAGUUUAAAAUUAUAAAGGAUUUGACGUUUUACGCGAAAAAAAAGAUCAGUUUUGUCAGAAGAUAUGCAGAUAAAAAACAAAAUUGCACUAGUCACAGGAGGAGCCAUAGGAAUAGGUUUUGCCUACGGAACGGAACUGUUACGAAAUGGAGCUGCGCAUCUAGCUAUCUUGGAUUUAGCAACGUCUCCGGGUCAAGAAUCGGCGAAUAAAUUGAACGUCGAAUUCGGUGAUGGGCGGGCUAUCUUCGUUAUCUGCGACGUGACGAAGGACAGCGAAUUCAAAGCUGCGUUCGCCGAGGUCAUAAAGGAACUAGGUGGACUGGAUAUAGUGAUCAACAACGCUGGUAUAGUGAACGAAUGGCGAUACGACCUGGCGAUCGAUGUUAAUCUGACCGCCGUUGUAAGAGGAACGAUGCUGGGUUUGCAGCACAUGGGAAAGGACAAGGGUGGCAAGGGUGGCGUUAUUGUCAACACCGCUUCCAUCUACGGCCUUGAACCAUCACCCUGGUCUCCGGUUUACGCGGCAACGAAACACGGGGUUGUUGGCCUGAGUCGAUCUUUCGGGUUACCAUAUUAUUACGACAAGACGUGUGUCAAAGUUCUGACGAUUUGCCCGUCAUUCACAGACACAAGGUUCUUAAGGGAAGCCGGUGACUGUCUGGGUCCAUUCGUGGACGCUGAUGUGGCUAUGAACGACACCAAAAGCCAGUCGAUUCAAAAGCCCGAGGACGUCGCGAAGGCCUUGGUGGACAUAAUAUCAAGAGGAAAGAGUGGCGGUGUAUGGAUUUCGGAGGCCGGAGAACUCGUCUCCGAAGUUUUCAUCCCUGACCAUUUCACUCUGAUGGCUUCGUCGAGGAAGCAGCAAGUCUUUCUCGUGGUUAGAAAGAAUUCUCGACAAAAACUUCCAAAGUGGAUAUAUAUUUGUUUAGAAAUGGAUUUUACCAACAAAGUUGUUCUGCUCACCGGUGGUGCGAUCGGUAUUGGUUUCGAAUACGCCAAAGAACUUCUGCGUAACGGAGUUAAGCAUUUGGCCAUCCUGGAUUUGCCAACUUCGUCAGGAGCAGAGACAGCGGAUAAAUUGAACGGUGAAUUUCGAAAUGCGCGUGUAAUUUUCAUCGUUUGUGACGUUACAAACGACAACGAAUUCGAAGCCGCGUUCGCGAGGACUGUCAAGGAGUUCGGUGGACUAGACAUCGUGAUCAACAACGCUGGCAUACUAAAUGAAAAAAAAUGGAAACUGAUGAUCGACAUCAAUGUGACCGCCGUGGUGAAGGGGACGAUGCUGGGCCUCCAGUACAUGGGCAAGGAUCAGGGUGGAAAGGGUGGGAUUAUCGUAAACACAGCUUCCAUAUUUGGACUGGAUCCAGUCGAAUGGUUCCCAAUUUAUGAUGCGACCAAGUUUGCGGUCAUUGGCCUGAGUCGAUCGUUCGGAUUACCCUAUCACUACGAGAAAACGGGUGUCACAGUGCUGGCAAUGUGUCCCGGAGUUACGGACACAGCUUUGGCUGCGGGGGCUGGUAAUGGUUUGGGGUCUUACGUGGAUCCGAAAUUGGCCAUAGAUGGAUACAGGAAAUUUCCAUUGCACAAGCCGGAAGUAGUAGGAAAGGCUUUGGUGGAGAUCAUCCGAAAAGGAAAAAGUGGCAGUGUAUGGAUUUCGGAGGGUGGAAAACCGGUUACGGAAGUUUUCAUUCCCGACAGAUUCGAAUUGAUUGCCUCUUCCAGGAAGUAACGCUAAUAUUGAUAUUCGUCGACGAAACUUGAUGGGAUAACGCCUCUAUAGUUUUUUAGAUUUUUUUCAACCCGUUUUAUGAUAAACGAUCGAAAAUAUCAUCUUCAUCACAUUCAAUAUUUUCAUCCAUUAUGAACAAUUUCAUCGAUAAUGUUUUUACAAGGCACAUUGUUUGUUUUUUCUGAGCAAUUUCUUUCGCUAUUAUUGCUUUCCAAAUUAUCGAAAUCACUAGUUUCUUUCAAAUCUUCAACGAUCUCUGUGUUGAAGAAUAUAUCAUCAAAUUUCGUUUUAAUUAUCCGUUGAAUAGUUUUCUUUACUUACUCCCACUGUUCUAACAUUUCAAUAGUUAUCUUCAUUACUAGAAAAAUUUCUUUUUCUUUGAUCUUUAUCUCUUUCUUCUUGUAUUACAACUAAUUGUGAUAAAACAGUUUGAACCAAGCCUUAUUUUUGAAAAAUCUAUCGCAAUCAUUGAUUCUUUAACACGACAUGGAAUUUGUUGUACAAUAAUAUAAUUAAUUUCGUGACCAGACAUUUUCGUGUAAAAAUAUUGUGCCUCUUUUACUAGUUUUAAAUAACAAUUUCGCAAAUUACCAUCGCUUUGUUCAAAUCUACCCUGCGACAAUCAAUUUUUUUUUCUGAUCUGACUUGCAUUGAAUAAACUCUUGAAUAAACGCUACUUUAAACCGAU